GUAUAUCACAUGGAUUUAUCUGCAUAAUUCAAAAGAUUACACAUUUUGGUCUAUAUUUCCUUUGCCUAUCCAAAGAACUAAUUAAACAAAACAAGAAUUUAACAGGAGAUGUCAUGUGUUUUCUGAUCUACAAAAAAAAAUAAAAAAAAUUUGAGGCAAUAAAAAUAUUUAAAGUUAAUCAAAAUGGUUCGAUUGUCAAUAAUUCUAAAUAGAAUUCCUGUUAUAAAAUUUCGUAAAGGUGGGGCUAGUCAUGUCGGUACAAGCUCUCCCGGAGCUUCAGGACCCACUGCUGCUGCUACUGCUGGAACCCCUGUGCAAAGCCAGCCUGCUGCAGCAAUGAGUACUGGUGCUAUACCAGACAUAGACCUACCAGCACGUUACAAGAGACAACCACUCUCAGAAGAAGAGAUUGCUUAUAUCAAUGGAGGAGGAAUUGAAAAUUUGAGUCAAAGUAAAUCUCAAAAAGAUCCAAAAGAUCUUGGAGUUAUUCAAAUAUCUCAAGGAAUAAUCAAAGGAACCAGUCAUACAAAUAAAAAUGUUAUAACUAUGAAAUUUAUAAUUCGGAAGCCACAGAAAAAAUAAAUAAGGCAUUCUUCCAAAAAA